GACACCAGAGCUACGCGCCAUUUACAGAGACAGUAUUAUAGUGAUAUUUUUUUAGUGCUUUCUUCGUGCAAUUUAGUGAAAAUUUUGAGCGCGAAAGUUGCAUUGUGUUGCUAAUUCGCUGAGCAUACUAUUUCGCUCGCACCAAAAUCAUCGGAUCGAUCACUUUCACUGGGUGUUAAAGUGGCAUUUUAAAGAAUUUAUUAUAUCCUUGAACUAUAAGUAUCGUAUGGUGAAGAACUCUCAACAAUGACCAGUGAGCCAGAUCUCGUACACUAAUGAUAAUUAUAGUGUUGUGAUGUAAGACUACUUUGAGAUCUUCCAGUGCUUUGUUGUGAUUUUGAUUUUCUUGAAGAAAAACAAUAACAGCGAUGAGUUUGGCGCUGAAUUUCGAGCGAAAGUGUCGUACCUGUGGUACCGACAUCUUGGAGCUGACUUGUGGGAUACCGAUCUUCGGAAGUGGUCUUCAGUUGGACCAGAAGAUUCUACGCUACUUGGGAUUGAAUGUAUCCCUUCACGACGACUUGCCCAAGUGUUUGUGUGCAACCUGUUUCAUCAAAGUCGAAAGCAUCGACAAGUUCGCCAUCCUGGCCAAAAAAACAGAGGAAGCAUAUCUGGGCUGGUUUAAAUGCAUUCGUGCAAACCUCGUCAAACAAUAUAGCCCUCUAUCUACCAUACAUUCAACGACUACAAAUUCAACGGCGCCUACUUCCGCUACUGCGAGCUGUUCGUCAAAGUUCGACUCCAGCAUACACAGACCUACUGGCGACAAUCAGAUCUCGUUCGGUUGCAACAGUCCACCGACAAUCGGAGAAUUGCAAACAUUGAAAUUAAUUAAACCAGAAGUUUCGAUCAUAUCUUAUAGCGAUCUCAAGCUGGGCUUGUUGAUUAAGGAUCAAGAGCUGCUGAAGUUGAUACUCAAGGCCCUUAGAUGGGCAGAACACGACCGCAAAGCCACGUUCGAUGUGCUGAUUCAGCGACUAAAGAACACUACGUUUAGAGAAAUCUUGUCCAACCGCAACUUAUUGAGCGAUAGUGAUCUAACGCAGCUCCUGAAAUCGUACAUAGGACAGGAAGCAUUCAACAAACUCACAGGAGCAACAAAUACCGAUAUCAACAGUCUAAUGAGUUCUAGAGCUGCAACGAUUCAACCUGUGAUCCAAGUCAGUUCGGAAAACUUAUCGAUCAGUACGGCGAGUACUACUUUCCAAUUGGAUGACGAACGAGUUACACGAAUGGAAGUUGGUGUUGAUCCCAGCCUAUAUCUGGAUGACGAAGAGUCACAAAACAAACUCAAACUUGAGCAGCAACGGAAAUCGGAAAGUGUAGUCACUAUUCAGUUGGUUCCGGCCAAUCUACCGAAAAAGAGCUGCAGCGAGAAGAUGAUACCGGCAAUUUUAAAGUAUGACGUUCGCAACAACGGUAAUUUCCCUUGUAAAAGUUGCCCGUCAACCUUCUCUUCCCAUUCAGAUUUACAACAACACGUUUUGACAUCUCAUUUAAAUAACUCAAAAAUGGUGCAACCUGACGAUGUCAAAGAGAAAAAAGUAAUCAAAAUAAGAGUUAAGAAAAAUAAGAUUAAAGCUGAAUGUCUAACUCCUAAGCCGCCUGAUCAAAACAUUCUAGCGUCAAUUCCAAUAUCAAUUCCACCAACAACGACCAUUACCGUCAUACCUGCCGUAACCAAGCCUGUUGAAAGUAAGCCCAUAGAAGCAACAUCCAGUGUAACGUGUAAGGAAAUACUGCCAAAGCCUUGUGAAAUUCCCAUAGCAACGACGAAAGUUACGAUUAAAGAAAAACCAGCGGGAAAAUCACAGUCUAAGGCCAGGAAAAAAUCAGAACGUAAAAUUACCAUCAAACUGGAUCAGAUUCUGUCCAAACGCACUCGAAGUCAGCGGGACUCUGGCAGAAGAUCAAAGCUUAUGGGCGCAAUUUGCAAGAAACGCCUCAAAAUGAAGGAGGACCUUAAGAUCCAAAUGAAUGAUCACAGCAAGCUCAAAGGAACGUACACCUGUGACAAGUGUGAUCGGGUGUUCAAAACGUCGAUAAACCUUUCGCGUCACCGACAGUUUCACGCAGGAGAAAGAUUUUCCUGCGACCGCUGCCGACGGGUAUAUCCUACCAGCAGUACACUCCGAACCCACAAGAUCACCCACAGUGAUGCAAGACCGCACAGAUGCACCGUUUGUGAUAAAACGUUCAAACGAAAUCAGGAUCUGAAGUUCCAUUUGAACCAACACACCGGAGCACGGCCAUACAAGUGUCCACACUGUACAAAAUCAUUUGCCAGCUCAGGCAACUGUUUCUCUCACCGGAAACGAAUGCACACUAGCGACACCAACACCGGUGUAUUAGCAGUUCCGGGUAAACCAGAAACCCGAUCAAGCAGAAGAAUUUUAAAUUGAGUUUCCCCCUGGUUCCCUGUGAUAAAUGCGAAUCUUCAUGAUAUAUAUUAAAUAGUUUUUUUUUGUGGUAAAA